AUGACGCUCGGCGACACGGUCAAGAUGUUCUCUGAGAGCGCCGACGAGGGAGAGAAAGGGGCUGUGGAAGACUUCGUGACUGCCCGUCAAGUUUGCGACAUCAGAGCUGCCAAGGCAAGGGCGAAGAAGGCGGAAGAAGACGCCGAGGCGGCCAAUUAUGCGCAAGCAGAAGCUGACGGUACUAUUUUGGAGUGUGGAUGUUGCUUUGGGGAUUUCCCACAGAAUCGAAUGGUGCACUGCAACGCGGGGACCAUCCAUUUCUUCUGCCGCGAAUGUGCGAAGCGCAUGGCGGAGACGCAGGUUGGCAUCUCCAAGUAUCAGCUAGACUGCAUGUCAACAGACGGCUGCGAGGGCACCUUCAGCAAGAGCCAGAAGGAUUUGUUUCUCGACGGAAAGCUGACUGUGGCUCUUGAUCGCAUCGAGCAAGAGGCUGUCCUUCGCCUGGCUGGAAUAGAGUCACUCGAGACAUGCCCCUUCUGCCCAUAUGCGGCCGAGUACCCGCCCGUCGAGGUGGAUAAAGAGUUCAGAUGCAUCAGCGAGGAGUGCGGCCUUGUAUCCUGCAGGCUUUGUCGGCUGGAGACGCACACGCCCAAGACUUGUCAAGAAGUUGCGCGGGAAAGUGGACAUUCUGCUCGCCGUGAGAUCGAGGAAGCAAUGUCUGCCGCCAUGAUCCGGACCUGCAACAAAUGCAAAACACCCUUCAUCAAGGAGAACGGCUGCAACAAGAUGACAUGCACGAGGAAGGGCUGUGGCAACAUACAAUGUUACGUCUGUUCCAAGUCGUGUGAUUACAGCCAUUUCGACGAGCCCGCCCGCGGUGGGAAGCCCGGGAACUGCCGUCUUUUUGACGAAACCGAGGAACGCCACGCACGAGAAGUUCGCGAGGCCGAAGAAGCAGCUCGCAAGAAGGUGGCGGAGGCGAACCCUGAAGUCGAUUCCUCCCUCCUCGAGAUCAAAUUCUCCGACAAAGUCAAGCAAGACGAGGCCAGACGCGCAGCUGCCCAGAUCCCUCAAAGGGGCGGCGUCUUUGGGCCCCGGAACCUACCCGUAUAUGUUCCCCCACGAAUGCCAGCAAUUGCCGUCCCGCCGAACCAGCCCAAUGCACCAGUUCCUGCCGCACCAAUGGCUCUCCGCCCCGACCAGGCGAACGAGUUGCAAAGACGGAUGCAGGGACUGAUUGGGUUGGACCUGGAGAUUGGGAUAGAGCCUCUGCCUGUUGAGGCUCAUCGAAAUGUGCAGAUGGCAGUAAUACUCCCGCCGGAUCCCAACCGGGAAGCCCGGAUGCAGCAACAGCAGGCGCUACUGCGCGCACAAAUACAAGCGCAGCAAAUACAGAUGGAGCAGGCCAGGAACAACUUCCGGAUACAGCGCGAGCAGGCGGCUGCCCAGCUCAACCAUGCACGCAACGUCCAGCAAGAAGCGAUGCAAAAUAUGCAACGGCAAGAACUCCAACUACAACAGCAUAUAGCGGAUCACAUGCACCGCUUUCCACAAGGGGUUGCUUUUCCCGCCGUUCCGAGACCUGCUCCUGGGCCUGUCCUGAUGAACCCCGAGCAUUUAUUUGCGCCGGCUGGAGCGGCUGGACGGCUGUUCAAUAUUGGGAAUCAUGCGUAUCAUGAACCAAACGCCCAUCACCCAGCUGCCGCGGUUGGCAACCCUCAACAGGCUGUUGCGGUUCCAAAUCGACCCCAGGCUGUUGCAGCUCCAAACCUGCCCCCGCACAGAGUCGCCCACGCGGCGAACAACAAUAAUGUUAAUGAUGGUGGACCAGCUCAGCAGCAUGGGGAUGGGCCAAGACCUCUGGCGAACGACGUAAUCAACCUGACCGCGUCCCCACCAGCCCCGCGGGUGAAUGGGAAUGGUUACCGAGCAGAAUUGUACAGUCCUCGAUGGGGUCAUGGGCCUCCACCUGUCCGCUGA